AAGCGUUUUGCCUUUUCACCCCCUUUGCUUGUAGUACAACUUGAGUACUCAAAGCGGAAGGAAAAACGCCCAUUUCUGAUUCCUUUUCUGUUUCGUCUGAAUUGUCUUUUACCCCCCCGCGAAACAAUUCUUCUAACCGUUUUACCCAUUCUUCUUGUAGUCAACGAACAUAAAAGAAAGGGCAGACAAGAAGACAAAAAAAAGAGUGGGCCAUGUCGGGUGGCAUUUAUUUUACAAACCAUUAUUGGACUAUGUUCAGCUUUAGGUUCUAAACGUGUUUCCAACUGUCAUUGCAGCAGCAGCAGCCUGCCUGUCACUGUCGCGCAUACAUAUCUAAACCGUUUUAUGUCUCUCCGUUUCUUUUUUUUCUUUUGUACCUUCUGUAACAUCAGACAAGUACUUCGAGGCAAUAGCAGACGAUGUUCUCGAAAAAAAGAGUACGAAACUUAUCAGAUAAAUAAAAUUCAAGUCAACAUUUUUAAUGUCAAGUGCUUAGGAGAUAUCGCAACUAGAAGACAGAGCCUCUUCUCUCAUAUUCGUCAUGAGUCACAGCGACAUCUUCAAAAUUUAACAAUCUAA